AUGAAGGUAGAAAUGGAUAAAAUUGUCUCACUGUCAGAUGAAGAAAAUAUCCCCGAACUACAGAAAUACCUUUCAACCCUGACCGAUGACCAGCUCAUCAACACGAUUACCAAUAGUGCACUGAAGGGCAAGAAGGUUGGGACCAUAAUAAAAGGCAUAUUUAAAGGUUCUCCACCCAGCUCCACUGCUGGGGCAAAUCGUAGACUUCUCCUGUAUCAGCACUGCAUCCCUCUGUGUGAGUCUGGGGAUCUUCAGACUGAGGUGGCAGCAGAUAUCAUUGGGUUGCUUAUGCUGGAGACUCAUACACUAUCCGGGCCAUCUCUUGCAACACUGGGGUCUCUUUUUGUUGAUGCCAUCAAAGUGGGGAAAAUGAGCAGUGGGAAAUCUCUGGAACUGUUUCCUACAGUUCUUACUGCACUUGCAGCAUGUGAAGCCUUGUCUUAUGGCAAAGGGGAACUCAGUGGUGAGGAGUAUAAGAAGCAGCUGAUUAACAGCCUCUGCUCGAGCAGAUGGGAUCCACAGUGUGUCAUCCACUUGACAACCAUGUUUAGGGAUGUGCCUUUGUCAUCAGAGGAGUUGCAGUUUGUGGUGGAGAAAGUAUUGAGGAUGUUCAACAAACUAGAUCUGCAGGAGAUCCCACCACUGGUUUACCAGCUGCUGCUUUUGUCUGCAAAGGGUUGUAAGAAACAAGUCCUGGACGGAAUCGUAGGUUAUUUCAAGGAGCAGGACGCUCGCCAAGACGAGGAGCAGAAACAUGGAGAGAGCCUGGAUCUAGAGGUUCAGUCUAUUCCACAGGACCAGCUAAGGCAUGUAGAGGGCACUGCUAUCCUCCACAUAGUCUUUGCUAUAAGACUAGACCAUGAGCUUGCAAGGGAAUUUCUUAAAGGCUUUAAGACAUCGUAUGCAGACUUGUGUCCUUUCAGUGUUGCCCUGUUGCUCUCAGUGGCACGUAUCCAGCGUUACGAAGAGCAGGUAUUUGAACUUUUGAAAGGGGCCAUCAUCAAGAGCUUCAAGGACGAGCAGCUACAACAGGGGUCAAAGUUACUACAGGACCUCCUACCUGGGCACUGCAGUGUGGCUCAGAUGAUACUGGAUACAGUCCAGAACAGUGUGUUCGGAUGGGAUCAUGUUACCCAAGGGCUAGUGCAGCUGGGCUUCUUCCUGAUGGAUGCAUUUGGACCCAAACCUGGACCAUUUGGCAAGGCCUCGGAGGGCUCUCUUGCUGUAGCCCGAACACCAACUCAACAAGCGUGUAAGCUAGGAGGACAGGUGCUUCUCCAGGGCUUUAAGAUGCAUGAGCCUAUCAGGGGAGAGAUAUUGGAGCAGGUCUUAAAUCGACUGGUCACAAAGACAGCCUCACCUGUCAAUCAUUUCUUAGACCUUUUCUCUGAUAUUGUGGUCUCUGCCCCAAUGAUCCUUCUGGAGUCAUCCUCUAAGGUGACAGAGACAUUCGACCACUUGUCAUACCUGCCUUUGGCCACCGUUCAAGGUCUACUCAAAGCUGUCCAGCCCCUGCUCAAGGUCAGCAUGUCCUUGAAAGAUGCUUUAAUUUUAGUUCUUCGCAAGGCCAUGUUUUCCAGCCAACUGGAUGGUCGGAAGUCUGCAGUGACAGGCUUCUUGUUGCUGCUGAAGAACUUCAAAGUGUUGGGCAGCUUGGCCUCGAGUCAGUGUAGCCAGGCAAUCUCCUCCAGCCAGAUCCAAGUGGAUGUUCACUCGCGCUACAACUCAGCUGCCAAUGAAGCAUUCUGCUUGGAGAUCCUCAGCAGUCUGCGUCGCUGCCUCAGCCAGCAGGCUGAUGUGCGCCUCAUGCUCUAUGAGGGUUUUUUUGAUGUUCUUCGUCGUAACUCGCAACUUGCAAGCUCCAUCAUGCAGACCCUUUUGUCACAGCUGAAGCGGUACUACGAGCCUGAACAAGACCUCCUGCCCCCAGUCAAACUGGAACCAUGCAUCACUGCUCAUGGAGACCAAGUCUACCUCCAGGAGCCUCUGGCCCAUCUGCUGAGCUGUACUAUACACUGCUUGAUGUGGCUGCAAAACACACGCCAGUCAGCCAACCCCAAUGCCGAUGACAGUGACGGUGAUGAGGAAGAGGAGGAAGGAUACCGGUCGGACCUACAUGCUAUUCUAGAGAGUAUGACAAGACGCAUGAUCAAGUGCGAACUAGAAGACUUUGAACUGGACAAGUCGGCUGAGUUUUCAAUGGGAUCCAGUGUUGGAGUGAAGAAUAAUAUCUAUGCUGUGCUGGUGAUGGGAGUGUAUGAGGUCCUCAUGGAGUAUAACUUUAUCAAAGCCAACUACAGUAAAAGGUGCUUUGAGGAGAUCAUCGAGCUGUUCAGCCGUUACCACAAGCUGUCUGAGAUCCUGAAGGAGAAGUCUGGAAAGGGUCGGGUGCCCUCACACAAGACCCCCCGCAGUUUAUUCUCAAUGGGCAUCAUAUCAACAUUGAUCACUGUGCUCUUCAGGGAUAACACUCAGAGCAGAGAGGAGGCUCUCUCAGUACUUCGUUCAAAUGGAGAGUUUGUGCGUUAUAUACUGAGCGUGGUUGUGCAGAAGAUCCAGCAGCUGGAUGAAACGGGACACACAGACGGCCCAGAUGGACAGAACGCAGACAAGACUUUCCGCUUCCUCUGUGACACGACCAGUGUCCUGAUGUGGCGUUACACGAACAUCCCCAGCGUGGUUGAGGAGGGGGGAAAGAAGGAGAAGCGCUCCAGUUUGUCUCAGCUGUGUCUGGAGGGUUUGCUCAGGAUCUUCACAACCUGCCAACAACGCUACCCAGACAAGAUGGCCCAGCUGCUCUCUACCAUGGGUUGGACAAGUAGUGAAAAACAAGAUGACGAAGGUGAUGUUGUAGAGAUGAACUACUUUUACAUCCGACAGUUUCAGAGGGCGCUGUUCACACAGUUAAGUGGAGGUGAGGAAGACUUUAACAGCAAAGAGGCUCAGCUUCUGGUCAGCAUCCUAAGCGUACUCUCGCGCCAGCUAAAGCCCUCCUCCCAGCAGUUUGUUCAGAUGAUCACGUGGACUGUGAAAAUCUGCAAAGAGACCAGUUUUGAGGAUUCUGCCUUCUGUAAGGGGCUGCUCUCUCUCCUCUUCAACCUUCAUGUUCUCUAUAAGAGUCCUGUAGGCCUGCUGCUGGAGCUCUGCCAAGACAUCCACAGCGAACUGGGAGAUAUUGAUCAGGAUGUGGAGGUGGAAAAGCAGUCUAAUUUUGCCAUUGUCAACAUGAAAACCGCUUCAACAGCAGCACUGCUGGUCCUGUCUCAAGUUGACAGAGUGCUUGAUGAAGUGGACUGGCUUAUUGCCAGGAAGAAAAGUCAGACAGCUUCUGACAAAUUGGUCUGUGGUGAAGCCACACAGACUGCAGGUCGGCAGGACCCAGUUGAGAAAGCAGUGACGCUGCAGCUUGGGACUCUCUUAACGGCGCUAAGUGAGCUGGUCCAGACGGCGCUCCUGCUGGGCACCUGCACCGUUACACUCUUAAGAGAACUGACCCGCACGUAUACCAUCCUCACCACGCUGGUCAAAUAUUACAUCCAGGUGUGUGCCAGCCAGCACGGGUCGCUGCCAGCUCGCUUUGAGAAGCUGGUCAAACUAUCUGGCUCCCACCUAACACCACAGUGCUAUUCUUUUAUCACAUAUGCUCAGAGUGGAGAUAUCAGUGCUGGAGGUGCAGAUGACAAAAAGAAAAAGAGAAGGAAUGACGUGAACACCGGUGCUUCUGCAAAACUUUUGCGUGAGACUAAGGCUAUCCCCAACCUGAUCUUCAGCAUUGAGCAGUAUGAGAAGUAUCUCAUCACACUCUCAAAGAAAUCAAAGGUAAACUUGAUGCAGUACAUGAAGCUGAGCACUUCGAGAGAUUUCCGCAUCAAUGCCGCUACUCUGGAUGCAGCCCUGCAGGAACAGGAUGACAGUCAGGAGUCACAGGACACCACCGAGACACAAGAACCCAAACAGAAGAAGAGGAAACAGUGAGGUCAUACUGGGCACCACUGCUACACA